GAGUAAGUGACAGUCAUAGACAGAGACUGAGAGAGAGGGGAGAGGUCUCCUUCCUUCCUUCCUCUGCUCGUUUGACAAUUAAGACGAAGGUCUGGUCUAGGGUUUAAUGGCGGCCAUAGGGAAGACGAAGCUCGACUCGCAGUGGCUCGCCGCCAGGUCCACCGAGGUCAACCUCACCGGGACUCAGCUCACCACCUCCCACCCUCCCUCCACCGGCCCUGAUUCCCCUUGGAUCAUCGCUGAAGUUCCCGGAACCGUUUUGGGAACCUUGGUGAAGAACAAAAAGGUCCCCGAUCCCUUCUACGGGCUGGAGAAUGAGACAAUUAUAGAUAUUGCUGAUUCUGGGGGGGAAUACUACACAUUCUGGUUCUUUACAACUUUUCAGAGUAAACUGGAAGGUGCUCAGCAUCUAGAUUUGAAUUUUCGUGCAAUUAAUUACUCGGCGGAGGUCUAUUUAAAUGGACACAAGACCGUGCUUCCAAAAGGGAUGUUUAGAAGGCAUUCUCUUGAUGUCACAGAUAUCGU